CCUCCACACUUGUUGCAGGGGGACUGUUGCUUACGAGAGAAAGGAGACAUUUGUGUUUAAUUAUCUGCCUUUCGACUCUGGGAAUGUGACUGGGACGAAGUACUUGUCUGCCGGUUUAUGAAAAUUUUAAGUUGGCGCCGCUUGUUCUCAGCUGAUGAGAGCAGACGAUGAUUGACAUAAUACUGCUGAUGUUCACCUGUGGUGGCCGGACUCUAAAAGAUACGUUACAAGCAAUGCGGGCAAUAGAUGACAAAAUAAUAUACGAGUUGAAUAUAGCUACCCCAACACAAUCUUUCAGAAAUGAAGUGGAUCCCAGAAAUCACUGCAAGAGUUUAUAUGAUCAAUUAAAUAACACAUAUGAGCACAGAGGAUCAUUAAUUGCAACAUGUUUAAGUGAAUCCAAAAUGAAGUUGCGAGAUAUACAAGCAGAAGCCAGUGCAAAAAUGGAUGACCCUUGCAUUAUGAGAAGGCUUCGCACUGAACAGAGCAAGAUUCGGGAACUACAAAAUGAGGUAACUAUUGAAGAAAUAAUUCGAGAGCGGAGUUUUAAAGUCUUUGAAGAACGUUGCCGCCAAUUCUACAAGCCUCCUAAACCUGAAUGACCAACUAGUUAUGGUAGAUCAAGGACCAAACUAUCAUUCAAGUCCACAGAACAGUACAAUAAUGUCACAUAUAUCUUCUGUAAUGCCCACGAGGAAAGUUCUACUUGGAAUAUAAAUGAAAAUUUUAAGUGGUCAGUUGCAUUAUUUAAAUGCUAAUAUUCCAUUAUGCAAAUUUAUAAUCCUUUCUUGUUUGGCAGCUGUUGCUGUAUUAUAGCGAUCAAGUCAUAGAAACUUAUUUUUGUUACUCUCUUUCCCUCUCAGGUUUAAGGAAUUGUUGUAUAGGCAGAACCAGAUCAUACCACUUCAUAUUUUCACUUCAAUUUCAUAAGCUUAUGUAAAUAAUUAAUGUGUAAUGAUAUUUUAUCAUCUGAUCGCUCAACUUUGUUCUACCUUUUUUUAAAUGGGAUAGGUGUAUAUAAUAAAGUUCUAGAAUAAAAGAUUUUUAUCUGAUUAUCUAUGGCUGUUAAUACUGUAUAUGCAAUACUUAUUUUAGUAAACUACAGAGGCCUAGUUUUUGCACGUUGUGUAUACAUAGUACUCAUAUAAUGGCAUUUGGGGAAAGUAAACAUCCUCAAUACAAAUUUUGUUUGGAGUAAAAUAAUUGAUAAGCUGCAGGAGUGAUGUUUUCAGAAUAAAACAUUGUUAAUAA